UUUUUUUUCUCCCCGCCUAAUGACAGCUCGUCUGCGAUAUUCCAUCGAUACUUUGUGUGUCGUGAAAAGCAUCGGUUUUGUUUACAGACUACCUAAUAGAUUAGUGGAUAAAAUCAUUACUUAAAAGUUUACUGUUCAACAAGUAUCAAUUGCAAAAAUGGCAGGAAAUCCGAGUGAAGAAUUGGAGCUGUUGGAGCGUGUACUGCUGCGGUUGGGAUUUGCUGAUACGGAUGAGCAGCUGCAGAGUACAGUGACUAAAUUUCUCACACCGGUGUUGAUAAAGAUUACGUCUCCGAAUGAAAACGUGCGAAAGAAGGUGAUGGAGAUUCUAACGCACAUCAACAAGCGGCUGAAGUCGCGCAAUCAAAUACAAAUUCCACUAGCCCCAUUGCUGGCUCAAUAUCAACAGGCCGAUUCAUUGUUUUUGAUUAAUUUCGCCAUCAUCUACAUAACGAUGGGAUUCCCGAGAAUGACGGUGGAAGAACAAACAGAAUUCGCUCCUGUGUUGUUGAACUGCUUAGAAGGAAAGCCGGAAACACACCAGGACAAAAUCCUGAUGCUGGUCCUUCCACUGCUGGGUGAGAUUAAGAUACCGGAGGAUCCGGAGAAACGUUCGGAACUGCUCGGACUGUCAAAUAAACCGCACACAAAGCAGCAGCUCCUAUCCGUGCUAAUGGAUGUGCUGCUUCUACCGUACGGAACGCUUCCCGACAGUGACGUUCCGCCCGGUAUGAGCGUGUACUCCUUCAAACGUGUUACUUCGAAACCGCCCAAAGCGGAGGAGUUGGAACAAUUGAAAAAGGGUAUCGUGCGGUUCCUUUGUGGGGGCAUUUUUUCGGAUCAGGAAAUACUGGCUCAUCUUGUCGUUGCAUCGGCCGAUACGCGAUUCUCCGUUGCGACACCAGCCAUUGGUGAGUUGAAUAAGAUCUGCAGUUCGCUCGAUUGGAACGAUCCGAAGCUAUCCGCACCGCUGUACACACUGUUUUCUGGCAAUGGUUCAAAGCUGCCGGACCGCAAGACAAGCGGUGUGAGCGCGAGAGUACGCCAAAAGUUGUUUCAACAUUUGCUAAAGUGCCGCGGAAAAGGAAUCAUCAUUGCGAACGGGAUACAAGUGAUUUUCGAGUCGCUGUUUGGGGACAAUACGAACCAAAAGUGUAAAGUGUUGGCGCUGCAGUUCGCUUACAAUCUUAUCAACAAUGGCCAGACGGAUCUUAUAAACAAGCUGUCGAAGGUAUUGCUGACGGGAAUCGCCAAAUUGAUCGGUACAUCGUCGGAGGAAACGAAUGAGGUACAGAAUGCGGCGUACAGUGCGAUGGCACAGUUGGCCAUCGUGUGUCCUGCUACCGUGAACGAGGACAUUCAGCUCGUUGGCGAGUACUUUACACAUCUGCAGCAGGCUCCGGUAGAACUGCAUUCAUCCAUUCGUGAAGCGUUGGUUGCGCUAGCCCAAGCAUUCGAUUGGAGAAAGCAAGUCAAUUCCACUGCAGCGUCGGGAACGACGGUUAUGGAGACUGAGGACGCCGAUGAUAAGCCGGGUACAUCGAAAAGAAAGCUCGUUGCUUCGGCGGGACACUUCGUACCGAAUGCAAACCAACAGCUGUUGCUUGCACUGCUCGGUGAAAAGGCAGAAUCGAAGCUGACGAUUGUGCAGAAUGUGACCUCGGUGUACUUAACGACCUGCUUUCCCGAUUACUACGUGCCUUCGCGCUACUUGCUGCUGAUUAUAUGCGGCGAAAGUUCGCAGCUGCGCGAAAUGAUGACGACCUAUCUGUACGGUGUGUCGAAGAAAGAUCACAUCAAUUACGGUGCCAUCCGGUCCGUGAGCAAUUUCGAUCGUUCGAAGCAAGCGGAAUCGUCCGAUACGAAGCAUCUCGUGCUACCUUCGUUCCGUGAGAUGGUGGAGUACGUGGCAUCGAAAUCGGAGCGCAAAGUGGCAACAGUUGUCGAUCGGAUGGGGUACGGUAAGGUGAAGCUACCGUACGCUUUUGAUACGUACAUAGAGAUAUUGGAAUAUUUGCGUAUAUGUUUGCUGCUCAAUGCGGGCGUUACUUCCCAUCCCAGUGACGAUGAAACUUUCUUCAAGUUGACUGCUUUUCUGCGGAAGAUGAUCGCCGACGGACACCGGGACACGAUUGUAAAGUAUAAUGAUCUCGUACGCCGGUUGGUGAUCGCUCGUAAGGGAAUUAGCGAGCUGACGGGUCUUUACGAUCUGGUAAACUGUAUCCCGGACGCACUGGUGGAAGAAAAUCGCGAUCUUUUGCUAACGCUGGAAGGAUCGCUGAAGGAAACUUCGGAACCGACGCGUGUGCUGAUCGCCAUGGUGUACGGUGUGUUGCUCGCGUACGUUAGUGACGAUGCCGAAUUUGAUCGACAGGUACGGGAGUUACUAACACUUGGUAACAAAUCGCUCGAAACACGGCAUGGUUCGAUACUGGCCGCUGCGCAUGCCGUUCACCGUAAAUUGUUGCUGAAGAAAAAAGAAACGCGUUCACCUGUGAAGGAGUGGGCAAUUCUGAAGGAAUUCAUUGGAUUGCUAGUUUCUUUGCUACGUGAUCAACAAUCGUUGUUACAAUCGGCCGCUAUUCGAAGUUUAUCCCUGAUAGGUUCAUCUACCGUUCUACCACUGCCGGAGGUAGAGGGUAUGGACACGGAUGAUGGUGAUGCAGAGAGCAGUAACAAAAAGACAGUUACGACGAAAGCAUCCCUGAUGGAAACACUCCUAACGCUGUUACAGAGUGGACAUACGAAGGCAAAAAUUCGUGAAGACGCUGCACACUGUCUGGGAUAUCUUGCAGUCGGUGAUCAGCAGUACUACGCCCGGAAUGUGUUGGAGCGAUUCUUAGGGAUGUUGAAGAUGACCAAAGAUCCAGCACUGCACAUUGCGAUGGGGCAAGCGAUCGCCUAUACAAUGCAGGGCCUUCCCAAGGGCAGUCAGAACACGGACGUCGAUGAAAAGGUUGGAAAUGUGAAUGAUGAAACGCUUACCUGGUUCCUAAUCGAGCUGGUAAAGCAAGUCAAUGAAACGCACGCGUACUUAAAGCAGGCCUGUGCCGUCUGGUUGCUGGCCAUUGUGAAAAAUUGCACCCACCGAAGUCCGGUGCGUGAGAAGCGGCAAAUUUUGCAGCUCGCCCUAACGGAUCUCCUCUCGGAAGAUAAUGAACUCGUGCAGGAUGUAGCAUCGCGUGCAAUGGGCAUUAUAUUUACGCUCACCGGAGAUGCGGAGCAGGAAGAGAUGUCGAAUCUGUUGCUCGAUCAGCUUAUCGGUGGCCGUCGGCAAGUGCAGAAGGUGGUCGAGGAUACGAAGCUUUUUGAGGAAGGCGUUCUCGGCAAGACUCCCAUGGGUGGUAAUCUAUCAACGUACAAGGAGCUUUGUGCUUUAGCGUCUGAUCUGAACAAACCGGAGAUGAUCUACCAGUUCAUGCAAAUCGCUAACCACAACGCUACGUGGAAUAGUAAGCUGGGCGCAGCGUUUGGUCUGCAGUCUAUUUCAAAGACAACCAAACUGAAGAUGGAACCAUACCUGGGGAAGAUUGUUCCACGCCUGUUUCGAUACAAGUAUGAUCCGACACCGAAGAUCCAGAACUCGAUGAUCAGCAUCUGGGACUCAGUGGUGACCGAUUCCAAAGCCACGAUCGAACUGUACUAUUGGGAGAUUCUGGAGGAUGUGACGCAAAAUUUGACCUCGUACGAAUGGCGUACCCGUAUCGCAUGCUGUCUUGCCGUGCGGGAUCUAAUAAAACGCGCUGCCGGAUUAAAGCUACGAUCAGAUGCUGUGGGUAGGAGUAAAGGUGUGGACAUGCCUUCCACCAGCAUGGAUGUAGAUGAUCGCCCAAGUGUACCGGAACCCGAAUUGCGUUAUUUAUGGAGCCAACUGUUCCGUGUGAUGGACGAUCAGCACGAAGGCACGCGUUUGGCAGCGGAAGGAACGGCAAAUGCGCUGAGCAAGGUGUGUGUGGUGGCCGCAUCGAGCGAUCACAACAAAUCGGCAAUGAAUGUGGCUAGCUCGAUCAUCCCGCUGCUGUUGGAAACGGGCGUUACACACACGGUCGCCGAGAUACGCAAGCUUAGCAUUCGGACGCUAUCGGAACUGAUCGAUUCGGCGGGUGCGCUUAUACUGCCCCAUUUGACGAGUCUGGUGCCCUGUUUACUGCAAGCCACUGGUGAGCUGGAUUCGGUCAAGCUUGCCUAUCUGUCGACGAUGGUUUCGGGGCAAGCGGGUGGCGGUACGCAGGAAACAAUCGAUUCGCUGCGUGCCGAAGCGGUCAAGCAGCAUUACACGAUGGAAACGUUAACGAAAUGCAUCCGGCAUAUUGAUUAUGGUACACUGGAACGCAUGAGUCCGGCCGUGCUGGAUCUGGUAAAGUCGAGCGUUAAUCUCGGCACCAAGGUGGCCUGUGCUCACUUCAUUUGUCUGGUUAGCAUACACCUGGGGCAGGAGAUGCAACCGCUGACGAGCAAAUAUUUGGGCGCGUGCUUCAGUGGAUUGACCGAUCGCAAUGCGACGGUGCGGCGCUAUUAUGCGUCUGCUAUCGGGCAUCUGAUCGGGACGGCCAAAGAGCAAUCGAUCGAGCGAUUGUUCGGUAAGCUGGAGGAGCUAUAUUUCGAGCAGCAAGCGUCCCGAUCGAAGGCAGUCCCGCUUACGAUACAGGCAAUCAACAAACGGCACCAGGAGGUGCUGAAGGAUUACAGCGCGAAUGUGCUACCGUUGGUGUUUUUUGCCAUGCAUGAAGAGAUCACGGAAGACACUCGAUCAACGGUGGAGUUGUGGCAGGAGCUGUGGCAUGACAUCAACACCGGUGAUGCCGGUUUGCGCAUGAAUCUAGAAGCGAUCGUAACGAUACUUGAAACGAACCUCAACAAUCCAUCAUGGUUGCUAAAAGCGCAAGCCGGUGCUGCUACGAAUACGCUAGCAGCGAAGCUUAGCGCCACGUUGGACGAUUCGGUGCGAUGUCGCUUAAUCGAACUGAUUCUGAACAAUGUAAGCGGACGAACGUUUCAGGGCAAGGAGCGACUGUUGCAAGGUUUGGCCAGCCUAUGCAAGAAGCUGGACCAGAAAACGACGAACCACGCCGAGCGGAUAGUCGAUGCAGUGAUGAAGGAAUGUCGAAAGGAAGAACCGAUCUACCGUACCCAUGCAUUACGGUCCCUUGGCAACAUUUUGGACGAACUGAAGGUGGAUCGUUUCGAGGAGGUGUAUAACAUGGUAUGGCAUCUGCUCGAUAAACAGCAGCAACAGCAGGAUUCCGAUGGUCCGGGAGAGAGUGCAUCGGGAACAGAAUUUGUCCCUCUAGAGGAACGUAACAAGCAGAUACUGAUUUCCGUACAGUUAAAGGAGACGGUUUGCGAAACGCUGGGAAAAGCUUGGCCCGAGUACUCCAUCGAAACGCAACGGCGCUACCAGCGGAUGUUUGUCGAAAAGUGUGUUCAGUGUUUGAAGCUAAAUACACGCCCAGUGCAGUUGUGCUUGCUACAGGCACUUGGUCGGUUUCUGGAGCGUUUGCAUCUGCUGCGAAGCAAGGUUGACGAUGUUGCCGAAGGAGAAAGCGAUAGUAUCGUUGGAGGAUCGAGUUCCGCUUCGGGAGAGAAUCGAGAGAAGAAGGCAAAGGUCGAAAUGGACGGUAAAGAUGGAAGCGUCCUGGAGACUAUAUGUCGUAUUGUGCUCUCAGCGAUCGUUGAUGUGUCGGCCAUACCUCACACCGGUCUCAAAAAGGAAGCGCUGAAUGUGAUGCUUAUAUUGUCGAAAAAGUUGAAAGCAAAAGAUUCCGGCACGGUCGAUCUGGAGCUUGGUUUGGUACGACAAACGUUUGCCCAGAUUCUUCAGCAGCUGCAAAAAGAUAGCGCUCCGGAAAUUAAAUGCCGGCUGAAGGAUUUGGAAGAUAAACUAAAGUAGAAAGGUUGUCGUUUGAAGCAAUUAGCUUCUAUCGAGUACCGAGAUUGAUUGUAUGAUAAACGUUUGCGAGUGUUUGCGAUGGUGGUGAUUGGAAAUAAGAUCACAUAAUAAAGCACGACACGUAUGUCGUGGGACUGUUUUACAUCUAAAUAAACAAGCGUGUUGAUAGAAUUUUA